AUGGACAGGACAAAGACGGGCCGCAGCGCCAAAUGGGGCGCGGCUUGCGCUCCGUGCGCGGCGGCAAAAACACGCUGUAUUCGCACCCAGUCUCCUGGGCUACCAUGUGAUCGGUGCCGAAGCUUAGAGAAACACUGCUCGGGUCAAACUCCCGGGCCAAGAAAGAAGAGACAAGCCAGAUCCUCAACGGCUCUGCUGCAAGAAGGACCCGAUAAUCCGACCGGCUCAUUAAGGGCGCCAGGGGAAGAAAGCUCAACUACACACGGCAGUUCGUUCAACAGCAGUCCAGAGUAUCUCACAAACAGCCAUUCUGCAUCUUCGAUUGGUACCGAACCCCAAGCUCAAGACGGACCAAGCCAGGAAGACAUUGCUCCGCACACUCCGCCGUAUGACUUCACCUCUAGCGCGCCCGCGCGUCCCACAUGCACCUGCAUGGCGACAGUGGGCAAGGACGAUCUUGUUCCCGUGGAGUCUGACGAGACUUUGUUAUCCAUCUACAGCAAUCAGCUGUCCAGCCGAUUGCCUUUUGUCAUUAUUCCAGCUGGCACAACGGCGAGGCAACUACAGGCAACUCGUCCAUUUCUCAUGAAGGUAAUCAGAAUGGUGGCUUCCGUCCGCCAUCUCCGGUUGAUGAGGGGCCAAAGCCGCGCCGUCAUGGAAUAUCUUUCUCAUGCCAUGCUCAUGAGAUCUGAGCGCUCGUUGGAUCUCCUCCAAGGCAUUCUGGUCUUCCUAGGAUCCUAUCACUACCAUUGCAUGACGCAUGCGCAGUUCAAUAAUCUAACCCGUCUAGCAGUCAGCCUGGUAGAAGACAUGGGUUUGAGUACAUGUCCCAAGUCUCAACAAAGGAGGAGUCAGCUGCCUUUACUACGUGCCGAGGAGCCCAUGUCCAGAACGAACGAAGAGAUAAGGGCACUACUUGGCGUCUGGUAUAUGAGUUCAAACGCUGGCCUGGUCGUGAAACAGUUAGCAGUCACAAAAUACACCAAAUAUCUGGACGAAUGCCUUAAAGAACUUGAAAAUGCUGCAGAAUACAAGACAGACCAACUUGCCGUACAGCUGGUCCGCAUCCAGCGACUCACCGAGAAAAUUUGCCACUUCCACAGUAGGGAAUCCUCGGUGGACGAACAGCUAGGUUCACCCGCAGCGCCGACGACAGCGCGUCUGGAGGCAUUUCAAGUUGAGCUAGACAGACUCCGGAACGCACUACCCCCAAAACUCAAAUCCGACCACCUCCUAUCUUGCUAUUACAAUGGCGCUUACCUCAGAAUCUUUGAGCCUCUACUGGCAGGUUCACAUCUCCCAGAUGCGGACGCAGAGUCCUUCGACUCGCUCUCGCACUCGGGCGUGCUGAUACCCGACGUCUUUUCACGUUUUACUGCCGCACUCAAGGCCUGGCUCAACAAUUGGCUUGCCAUUCCGGUCUGUUCCUACUUCUACAUGCCUCAGCCCGCCUACGCUCAGUUGGUCCAUGCCGCCAUGAUGCUCACUCGCUGGACCAGAGUAGCCGGCCCGAGCGCGGUCAAGCUUUUCAAUACCGGCACCAUUGUGCCUCAGAAAGGAUCCACCGUUCCUUGUCAACCAACGCCUGCUCUAAGCGGUGUGCCUUCAUGCCCAGAUCUGAGCUUGUCGAGACCUCCAGCCUCAGCAUCCACUCAAGUCGUGUCCGCCCAGAUUCUCAAUACGCUCAGGUCCCAGGUCAUAGCGCAGCCCGAUCUUCAGAUUGGUAUUUGCGGUAUCUUAGACAUCAUGGCAGCUCGUUUCGAGGCUGCAAAGGAGGAGAUGGCUGCGGCGCAAGGUGUGGACUGGGAGAACGAUACAUGGGACCUUGCUGCAGAACAUUUGAAAAUGAAGAAGGCCAGAGUCGAGAAAUGGCAUGAGAUCGUCGCCAUGACGGUAGGUAAGGAGAGGGAUUGGCCAACCAAUACCUAUAACAGCGAUAAUGAAGGGAGUCGAGGGACCAUGAAUAUGUCGACAGAUGAGAGCUUCAACGAUUUCGAAUGGCUGACAUCAGACUAUGGCCAGGACAAUUUGCAUUGGGAAAGUGCUAUUUUUGAUGAAAUUAUGCAGGAUAUUCAUCCUUGA